AUGCCUCACCGAGCCGUUGUUCGACCGGAUUCAAAGUCCACGAGCGUGAGAGUACUGUUCGACGCGUCUUCUCAUGCGCCUGGGGAACUGUCGUUCAAUGACUGUUUGGAAAGGGGACCUAAACUGAACACGGACCUGGUCCCCAUCCUAUUGCGUUUCCACAUGUACAACGUGGCAGUCAUAGCCGGCAUUAAGAAGGCCUUCCUCCAGGUUUCUGUCAACCAGCAGGACCGUAACGCUCUGCGCUUCCUCUGGUUCUCGCGCUCUCCAGAAGGAGGUCAGCCACUCCCUGAUGUUGAAGAAUGGAGGAUGACCAGGGUGCCAUUCGGCACCAAAGCAUGUCCGUUCCUGCUAGGAGCUACUCUCCAUCACCAUCUCAGCAGCAUCCAGGGACCGCACCAGGAGAUCGCCAAAACAAUUGCCAGCGCAUUCUACGUGGACGAUCUUCUCACCGGCGCAUCUACACCUGAGGAGGCGAGGAGCAUCGUCGACGCGACGAGCAGGACAAUGAGCGCAGCUGGAAUGAAACUGAAAAAAUGGGCAUCGAACUCGACUGACCUGCAAAACUACUUCGAUGACCAGUUUUCGGAGAUGCCACAAACACAUCGAGCGAUGACGGCUGAAGAGGUGACAAGAGUUCUUGGUAUCACUUGGGACAGAAAAAGCGACACUUUGACGUUCACGGGUAACAACAUCCUGGACGCUCUGCACCCGUCACACAACACCAAACGCUUCGUGCUGCAGGCUGCUUCGAGGGUGUUCGAUCCACUAGGGCUCAUCGCGCCGUUUACAAUAAGAGCAAAACUACUGUUACAGCGACUCUGGGAGAUAAGCAUCAACUGGGAUGAACAACUACCGGUUGACCUACGUCAAGAAUGGUGCGCCUGGCGUUCGGAGCUGCUUGAUCUGCUCAGUAUCUCGAUCGACAGUCGCUUACAACGAGAUCUGGAUGGCGCGAACACUCUACAGCUACACGUAUUCGCAGACUCCAGCCCACUAGCCUAUGGAGCAUCCGCCUACCUGCGUGUCGAGGACAGUGCUGGCAAUACACAGGUCAACCUACUUUUCGCCAAGACCCGAGUGGCUCCUCUGAAGAAAUUGACACUCCCAAGACUAGAGCUACUGGGCGCACUUAUCGCUGCCAGAAGAGCAGAUUUUCUUAAAAAGACCGAAAAGUGA